GGCGAAUACGUGUAACAUAAAUUUAGUCAGCUGACCUGUAAAAAGUUUUAUUCUUAUAAAUUUAAGUAAACUCCUAACUGGUAAUAACUUUAAAGACAUGGCUUUACACUCAGCUAUUAAAGGAAAACUCAUUUCGGUGAUUGGUGAUGAAGAUACUUGUGUAGGAUUCUUGCUCGGUGGAGUUGGCGAAAUCAACAAAAAUCGUCAUCCCAAUUUCAUGGUUGUAGAUAAAAACACACCAAUCAGCGAAUUGGAAGAUUGUUUCAAGCGAUUCGUGAAACGUGACGACAUCGACAUCAUCUUAAUUAAUCAAAAUUAUGCUGAACUCAUCCGUCAUGUAAUUGAUGCACACACAGCUCCAAUUCCAGCAGUGCUGGAAAUUCCUUCUAAGGAUCAUCCAUACGAUGCAACAAAGGACUCAAUCUUGCGACGUGCCAAGGGAAUGUUCUCUGCUGACGACUUGGUUGGUGUCAACCGUGGAUAAAUCUAAUUAUUUAUGUUAUCAACUUUCAAUAAUCAUGUAUCAAUAUUUUCGGUAAAUAAUUUUUUGCAUUCCGAUCAAGCGAAGUUUUAGUGAGAAAUCAAAUACAGUCAGAUGUCGUUAAGUUGAAAAGGAAUUCUUUUUUUUUUCGUUUCGUUGCUUUUCUGAAAACUAUAAAAUAUAUGUAAUGUGAUGUGUGCAUAAAACAUGUUAAAUAAAAAUUAAUGAAAGAUAUAAGAAAUAUAUUUGAACUAA